AUGAAUCUGGACUUAGCCUUAAGGACUGAGAUACCCACCAAGCCUACUAAUGAAAGCUCUAUUGAGGAGAAAACUCACUAUGAGCAUUGGGAGCACUCAAAUAGGAUUUGUCUUAUGAUAACGAGGCACACCAUCGACAAGUCUAUUAGGCAGAGCAUUCACCAAACUAAUAAUGCUAAAGAUUUUCUCGACGCUGUUGGGAAGAAGUUCACAAAAUUUGACAAAGCAGAGAAGGGAACCUUCAUGAAGUUUCUUGCUACUACGACUUACGAUGGCAUUAGUGGAGUUCGUAAGCAUAUUAUGAAACUUACUCAUUUCUUUAAUAAGCAGAGAGAAAUGAAAGUUGAGUUGACAGAUAGUUUUCUAGUGUGGCAAGUUCUUGAAUCUCUGCCAUCUCAGUUUGAUACUCUCAAGACCACAUAUAACGCUUAA